AAGUUAAGUUUAAAUUUUGUUAUGCAAUUAAAUAAUUAUGAAAAUUUGACAUAUAUUUAUUGACUAACCUAUACACUGCAGUCAAAAGCCUAAAAGAAAAGCCCCCUUUUAUCGAGCACCACCGCCAUGGCCAACAAUCCUUCGCAGCUCCUGCCAUCAGAGCUAAUAGACAGGUGCAUAGGAUCCAAAAUAUGGGUGAUAAUGAAAGGAGACAAGGAGCUUGUUGGUACACUCAGGGGAUUCGAUGUAUACGUCAACAUGGUCCUCGAAGACGUCACUGAAUAUGAGAUCACAGCUGAAGGUAGACGGAUCACAAAGCUCGAUCAGAUUUUACUUAAUGGAAACAACAUUGCUAUUCUGGUUCCUGGUGGCUCACCUGAUCCAGAAUGAGAGCAUAUAAUCUAACCUUUAUUUUUUCUUUUGGCUGAAUGUGAUUGGUCUGGACUCCACCCUCUGUUUUUAUGAGGACAUGUCAUCCAAGUGAAGCUCUUCUUAUUGUGAUAUUCAGAGAUGUUCUAUUGUAAUGUUGGUGAUAGAUUAUGUUUAAAACGCCAUUUAUUAUCAAGACAAUUCCAAUCCAUCUGAUUGUUGCUCCAAA